AUGGCUGGCUACGUUAUCGAAGGGCAUUUCCAGAAGCCACCUGAUUAUUUCCUUAUUGGCUUCCUUUCAGCUCCAUGUGGGGUAGGUGGAGUACCUGUGCCAAACAUCUUCACACACAGGAGAAUAUCCAUGCACUGGAUCAAAGAGCACCACCACCGCUACCUGCAGUAA